AUGCUGGCACAAGCCCCGGAUCCUUUGAUGGAUAGCAGGAAGAUCAUCGGCAAAGUCACUCUUCAAGAUAUCCCCAUCCAGGAUAUCGGCCAUGAGAUAAACGAGAGUUACAGCUUGGAUAUAGCAAGCCAUAUGAGAAAUCGAAGACCCUCAAUCUCGGUAGCCCACUGUCACGCCGACAGCCCCGAUGAAGAAUCAGGAUCUCCAACCCGCAGCAAGCAAGGCAUCCCGUCCGAGCUCCCAACCUUCACAGCGGAACUCCUCCUGAUCUUCGUCUGCUCAGCAAGCUUAAUGCUUUUCUCCUUCCUACUGGGUGAUAUGCUAGCUCCGCAAGAGCAAAUCAAGAAAGCCCUCGGAAUCACCAACACCGAGCUCCCCUGGGUCGUCGGCGCCUUCAACACAGCCAACGGCCUAUCAGUCAUCAUCUCCGGCUCCCUCACAGACCUGAUGCCCCCAAAGCUUCUCAUGGUUGGAGCAUUCGCUUGGCUAGCCGUGUGGAACGUCAUAGGCGCAUUCACCCUCCACCCAUCCCGCUACGUUCUAUUCUUCAUCACGCGCGCCAUGUAA